AUGAUGUGGCCUGAAUUCAGCUUGCAAGGCAAUUAUAAAUGGAUUAAUCUUUUACCAACUCUCAUGUCAAAGUACAAUAAUAAAAAGCAUCGUACUAUUGGUAUGAAGCCUAAAGAUGUCACUGUAGAAGAUACAAGAGAACUGCUGAGACGUAUCCGUAAACUACGUAGAAUUCCGCUGAAAAGAUCAAAAUUCAAAGUUGGAGACAGAUUUCGAGUUAGCAAAUACAAAAAUAUCUUUGAAAAAGGAUAUACUCCCAACUGGACAACAGAAAUAUUCACCGUGGAUAAAGUUAAAUCAACAAAACCAGUUACAUACAAGCUGAAAGAUUAUCAAAAUCAACCCAUCGAAGGUGGUUUCUAUGAAGAAGAAUUGCUGAAAGUCCAAUAUCCAGAUGUUUACCUCAUAGAAAAAGUUCUGAAGACUCGUGGUAAUGAUGUAUAUGUGAAAUGGCUUGGAUUCGAUAGCUUACAUAAUAGUUGGAUAAAAAAAUCUGAUAUGUAA